AUUGACAUUUACGAGAAUCAUCAUGAAAGUCUAUACAAGUGUCAACUUUUCAUUUUCUUCUCCGCUUCUUCCCCAUUGCCGAGAUCAGUCGCUCUCUUUCGCUUGGAAGAUGGCUUCGCUUUGCCCGGGCCGUCGCCUUCCCUGCGGAUUAGCUUUACAAGCGUCUCAACGCGAAGCCUCAGGUCCUGGGACGUUCGAGAUCUGCGACACCAAGAUGAGCUUCGCUCAAAUCGCCGUAUGCCGUUUAUGUUCGGCGUACCUGAAGUACCAAUCGAAUCGCCAUCGCGGAUCCCUCCUGAAGAUUAACAACAAAUCAAAUGUGGUAUCGUCUCCGCCUCGUGCUUCUCUUUGGUGACCGGAUGAAGGCUUUGAUUUCGUCCCAUCUUCCGUACCCUGCAAAUAGCCGAUUUACCAGGUUGAAAGACAGAUCACAAUAUGCCUACCCAGAAGAUUCGUCACGUUCAAGAGAUAGCGGUCAUUGUCCUCUGUGAAGUGCCGGAUCUUCUGCGUCCCGUAGCUCAGAAUGCGAAGCUGCUCCCACGGGAAUCUGAAAAUGGAUAUGUGAAGUGCCGUAUCACGUGGCUCUCGCUGGUCAGCUGGUCAACCACCGUACCUAUAAGACGACACUUUGGCCCGUAUUUCUUGAUUUGUCUCAUCAUUGAUUCGUCUUUUCGUCUCUGCCGCUUCAAUAGCCAUGAUCUUCUUGUCUGCGCCGGGUAUCUCGUGAUACCUGUAUUACCAGCGGCGUCGAAAACGGAUGUAGGCUGCUUCUUUUGACCUACCGCUCCCAGAAUACAGUCGCGUAGCCUGACGACACAGGCAGAACACGUCCGACCUGAAUAAUUUCUGAACAGGCCCACUUACGUCUAACUUCGUUGACAUCCUUUCCCGGCAUGUCUGCAGCAAUCCUCUCGAUAUUAGAACGACCGUGCUCAAUGCAUCCCUUAACGAAGUCGUUGUAGUCGCUCUUCUUCCAAGUGCCAAAACCGUCCUCGAGCAGCUUCUGCUUUUCCUCAGUGAGUUCCUUCAAGAAAAGCCUUCUCUCUUCCUGUCCUGUCUCGCCGAGCUCGUCUUCGUCUUGAGCCUGACGGAGUGAAGACGAGAUUUCAUGAAGUCGACGAAUGAAGUCGACGAAUAUCGUGUUGCACCUCUCUCGUUUCUUUCUCGACUUCGUGAAGCUCAGUCAGCCGAUCCAUUUGGAAGAAUUGCCUGUCAGAUGUGAGACGUAAAGUGGUGGGUGUGUAUAUGAUCCCUUCGCGCACGCACCACUCGUGCAUGUGAGGGAGUUUCUGCAUCCCUCUUGGCAGUGCACGACCGCGUUGCAGGUCCUCCUGCAAAACAAAAAAGCAUCGCUCCUAAUGACCGGCAGAAGCAUCAACAUACAUUUCUUUGCUGGCGGUUGCGUCGGUUGUCGGUCAGCUUCGACAAAGCGUCCAGCCCUGCAAGGAGAAAGCACAUGAUCUGAGCUCACGUGCCCUCGCGCAACUUCCUCACACAGCUCUCACCGAGCUGCGCCCAGGCAUUCUUGUCAGCGUUCCUUCUGACCUCGCUAUAGUUCACAUUCUCGAACUCGUAGACAUUCAGUCCACCGUCCGAGCUGAAGUCGAGCACAGACCGCUUGACGUGUUGUUGCAAUUUCUCUGUCAUUUCCGCCAUCUUCGCUUCUCCUCUGCAAGCCAUGGACCAACUUCUUCCGCUUUGUUACGAUUUGACCAUGAGCUCACCUGGAAAGUAUUGCAUCGAGAUCUUGCUCGGUCACUUCCUCGCCUUCGGUUGCUUUGAAGACCGUGUCAGCUCCGAACUAGUUGAACAGCAGAAAAACGAGCCGUCCGCUGGGCGAAUUCCUUCUCAUUCAUUGCACCUGGAUCAUGUUCAUCAGAUCAUUUUUGUUCAUCGUUUUGCCCUUAUCGGAGAAUUUGAUGGCGGAGUCAAGCUGCAGCUUGAGAUUCGCCCUUUCGAUGACUUUCUCCUCGAUGGUGUUCUCAUGAACCAACCUGCGGUCGUAUCUGUCUUCAAAGGACGCUGGGUGCAUUCAAACUGACCUGUACACGUUCACGGGCUUCUUUUGUCCAAUUCGAUGCGCUCUAUCCAUGGCUUGCAGGUCCACCUGGCCAGAGGAAAGGUCGAAAGAAAGAAGAUCUUCAUAGUUGCUGAGUGCAAGCAUUUCAUGACCUGAGGAUUCCAGUCACUGUCGUACAGAAUUACUGUGUCAGCCGAAGCAAGGUUAAUGCCAAGGCCUCCGGCUCGUGUGGACAGAAGGAAGAGCUGCUGGAGUGGGCAAACAGGUUCGGGGCCUUAGACUACUUUCUUGCUUCUUCUUACCUUUCUUUCGUGUUCUGGAUCGUUGUUGAACUCUUCGAUCUGCCGAUCCCGGUCCUCUCCGCUGGUAUUCCCGUCGAUGCGGCAGUAGACGAUAUCACGAAUUCUGCAAUAGUCCUCCAGGAUAUCGAGCAUUCCUGAUGCCAGCAUAUCCGGCUUUCAACUCUUUUGCGCUUUUUGCGUUGUGUCUGCCUCACGUGUCAUUUGGCUGAAGAGGAGCACCUUAGACCCCUGUUCGAAGAGUCGCCUGAGCAAUCGAUCAAGGAAGACCAUCUUGCCAGCUGCCUUGAUGACGUGCUCGCCAAAUGCUGCAGGGAGAAAGAGAGACAACUCACUGUUGAGACGGAUGAGGAAUGUGGCUGCUUACGGUCUUGUGUCUUGUCUUCCAGUCCAUCUGUGCCGAUGAAAGAAGACCAGAAGAACAUCGCGUAAUCGAGCCAGUUCCUCGAUGUGAAGGCUAACCGAAGAGGUAAGGGUGAUUACAUGCCUUUCGAAGCUGCAUACAGAGGUUCAAGAGCCUCACUCGGCCGCCGCCCUCUCGGUCCUUCAUGCAUCAUAAAGGAGGGAAGAGCAACGACAUGCGCGGACCAGGCUGCAUUGUGGUUGUCUGUCGGCGUACCUGAAGCGCGUCAACGUUCUUGGCCAGUAUGUCUUUGUAGACCCCUUUCUGCAUCUCUGCCGUUGCAAUGAAUGGCAGCUGGAUUCUCACGGACAUCGAUCUCCUGAUUGGUCUUACCGCUCAACGGAACGAAUAGUAACAACUCCUUCUUGGGUGGUAUCUCACGCUCCACUUCAGCCUUCGUCCGUCGCAGCAAGAAUGGCCUGACGUCAUCAGAGAGGAGACAUGACCAUGACAGAAGGCGAAACGUGUGGAGAGCCUGCCUGAGAAUCUUGUGCAGGUGCUGGACAAUCUGCAUCGAUCUCUGCUCUUUGUCUUCAGCAGAGACGUUCCUGCAUAACAUCCAGACACAAGAGGUGGUUCCACCACCGUACACGAAAGGGUGUCCUUUUGUGACGUACUCGCCCGGUGAUGUAAGAUUGAAUAUCUCAUCAAACUCUGCACUGGACGAGAACAGCUCAGGCAUGAGGAAAUUGAGCAGGGCCCAACUGCGGACACACACACACACACGCACACGCACACGUACACUCAGACGGGGCCGCACGCGUGGAUCACGACGUGGGUCUCCUUUUGUCCCUUUCGUACAGUUCGUGCAAAUUGUUCUGCAGUGGCGUGCCUACACACAGAGGCAACGGACGCACGUACGUGGCGGGUCUGCAAGGAGUGCAGGUCAUCCACCGGUCAACAGAAGCCGAACUUGCGUGUGGAGAAGGCGAACGACCUGCAGGUCGAUGCAAACACACCUCGAUGUCCACGAGUCUGCACAGUGGUAUUCGUCGCAAGCCACCUGGCUGAGCUUGGAUGCUUCAUUCUUGAUCCGGUGGGCCUCGUCUAUAAUGAGAUACCUGGAGGGAAGCGAAGAGACGGAAGAGACAUCGCAAGGAUCGCCUGUCUGGAUCCUCACCUCCAGUUGAAUCGCCCAGCAAAGGCGGGCUUCUCUUUGAUGAUCAUCUCGUACGAUGUGAUACAGACAUCAAACUUGCCAGGAUGAAGCUCUUCUGCAAGCAGCGCCUGUCGCUCUUCCUGUGUGAGGGUACACCAGCACAUAAGCCCGCGUGUUGCUGGAGGGAUGCUGGUUGCCGACCUUGUUGCCAUGGAACUUGAGGGUCUUGAAGCAGGGGCACCACUUCUCAAACUCCUUCAUCCAGUUGCCUUAAACGGAGCCAGGAGGGAAGGAGACAGGAGGGAGGGAGGGAGGGAGGGAUGACAGGGGACGUUUGUUUGCAUGUUCAUUUCCACUUGCUAGCUGACGCCCACCGAGAGUUGACUUUGGAGCCAGUACCAGAUGAGGCUGCAGCACAAGCGAUCAUGUCGUCAGCUGCGUGUGGUUCAUGGCUGCAAGUUCUGGACGCUUCUUACCCCGCUGAUCUGGUGGUUCUCGCGAAGCCAGGCCAAAAUGGCGAUGCUCUGAAGCGUUUUUCCGAGGCCCUGCAUGCACAAAGAUACGCGCUCGUCGUAUGCUGGUUCGGUAUGCAGCCAGGGCUGCAACCCUUUUGACAGCUGUGAGAUACCAUCUCAUCGGCAAGAAUCCCAUUGAUGCUCAUCUCGUACGACCGUAUCAGCCAAUUAAGGCCCUGUACCCACACGAGCACCAUGUGAGGCACGACAGAAGACAGAGUGUACCACUGACCUCCAGCUGGUAAGGCUUGAGCUGCCCGUUCUUGAUCAGGGUGGGUUGGGCUGUCGAGACAGACACAACCAGUGGCUGUCACGGGAGUUGAAGAUGCGUGUCAUUGCCCGUCAGUGUCCCUCCGCACCUACGACUCUCGUGUACUUCCAUCCGGCCAUUUCCUCAUCUUCUGCCUCCCUGAGUCGUGUCAGUCACGGAUGAAUGGAUCCGAUGCCUCAUAUCUCGACCAGCUUACUUCAUGAGGAUGUCAUCUUCCUCCCGCUCUCCCAACCGCUUCUUGCGUCCUUUCUUGGGCCUGCACGAUCAGCCAGACCAGCACCAGGUGGCCCAUGAGAGCUGGCCUGGCCGCGACCACACCUGCGGUGGCUGCCCUACUUACUUGCUUCCAUUGGACUGUCCUGAGACUCGAGCAAGCAGGUAAGCCACAUACUGGUCACUCUGCAGAGCAUACAAGACACGUACGUGAUCACACCAGCACAAUGCGCCCGGUGAAGGAAGGUGUCAUCGGUUCUGCCGCGCUGAGCCCACUUCUCGAAGGAGGUCUUGCAGCGACAACUGGUUCAAGCGUACGCGUGCACAGACACCAGCACACAGAGGGUGGCAUGCGAAUGAUGGAUGUCCCACGAGACAGUACGUACAAGCACACAUACCACCUACCUUUUUUCCGGCGCCGCCAAACGCCCUUCUGAGCUCUGAGGCGUGCUAAGAUGGACACGAGCAGAUAGGGCAGGCAGGAAGGUGACCACGCUGCGGUUGGUUGACUCAUCCAGCAGCCAAUCUUGUUCAGUGUAUCACCUCGGCGUGAGCUGAAGCCUCCGCUUCUACUCUCUCCUCGUCUCUGUCCGCAUGUGACAUGCCUGAAGCGAAGCAAACGGAACAACAUGCAAGAGCCGUCGACGACGUCCACUUGACAAAGCCGCAUACCACUAGCCGCGCUCGCCGGUGCUGCUGCUGCUGCUGCUGCCGCUGCCGCUGCCGCUGCUGGCUCCUCAGCUGCAGCUGCAGCGGCAGGCUCUUCCUCACAAUCCAUCGAACAGCGGCCGUCAGAACUCCAGCACAAUCAGCAGUGCAUGCAACUCAUCUCCCGCCUGAAACCCAUCAUACACACAAGGGAGAGUCAUGUCUGAACACAUUCCACAGACGAGCAAUGGGACGUGACGCCACAUUCUGACCAGAGAGGCGUAGCUCUUCGCCACCGCACUUGUUGAGCCGCUAACAAGAAGGUCUGCUCAGGUGAGGGGAGCGUGAACCUCGUGUACCAGCGGUUCCAGGGAGAACCGUGUCC